ACAAAAUUGGUAUGUGCUUGGCACAAGCAUGGCAGCGAAAAUGGCUGGUAGCAGAGAUGGAGAGCUUCUAAGGGCACCGGGGGAGGAGGAGUUUGUUGCCGCGGAACGCAAACCCUCCUCGUACAAUCCACUUCAUUCAUUCGAAUUAGCUCGGGGGGACCAGAGACACUACCAGCAGCAAUAUGGCGACAUGUACUUCCUUCGACUUGCAAAAUUGAAGCCAGCUGUUGAGGAAGUUGCUAGCGAAGCUUGGGAAGGAUUUCAGAUAGCCGGCGAUCGAGUGCGGCGUGUAGAGCGGGUCUUGGACGUACGACAAGGAGAGCUAUGUUGGGUCGUGGGUACUGUUUACAUGGACAUGCCCUUAAAGCCGAAUAUUCUGGACGAUAUUUCUAAAGACCAUUGGAUAUCCGCUCCUCCUCCACGUGAGAAAUUCGUAUCUCCGAAUGGUUUAGAUCAAAUCAUGCUCGAAGACGAGUCUGGUCGGCUUCGAAUGAUAGGCACACCAUUACAAUCGGAAAUGUUGGUGACGGGAUGUAUUAUUGCCGUGAUGGGCACGGAAAACGCCAAUGGCGAUUUUGAAGUUAUUGAUAUGAAGGUGCCCGAUCUUCCCCGACAACCGCAGCGAUGGGAGCGAGACGAUGCCGAAGCUGUCACUGGAUCCAAAAACAAGACAUCAGAGGCAAGGACAUCAGGGAAUAGGGUGGCUCUCAUAAGUGGACUCAGUAUUACUGGGGAGGAAGAGUCUGGCCUUCUCACAGAAAUGCUCAUGGAAUGGCUGUUGGGCGAAGCAGCUGGUGGGGAUGAGCAGGCCUCUACCACUCAGAUUUCGCGUCUGAUCAUUGCAGGCAACUCGUUGGCUGAGGCAUCACCAAUUCCCCCAAGAGAUGAGCUCAGCACUAAAAAGACGAGCAAGAGAUACGGCUAUGACUCCUCGUCUUAUAAUUCAGCACCGACGACGCAUCUUGAUAAUUUCCUUUCCACUCUUCUCCCAUCUAUCCCUAUCACACUCGUUCCGGGUGCCUCCGACCCGGCCAACGUUGCUAUGCCCCAGCAACCUCUUCAUCCUGCACUUUUCCCGCAUAGCCGGGCAUACGCAAACGCGCCAGCUACAACUGACGGACCUUGCUGGUUCGACCCUGUCACAAAUCCGUGGGAAGGAGACGUGGACGGAUGGCGACUCAUGGGCAAUGGUGGGCAGCCGAUUGAUGACAUUUUUAAAUAUGUGCAUGAUGACGACCGGCUUGUUAUGAUGGAGCAUAUUUUACGGUGGAGAUGUGGAGCACCUACGGCGCCAGAUACACUUUGGUGCUAUCCAUUUCAAGACAAGGACCAGUUUGUCAUCGAAGAAUGCCCUCACGUGUAUUUUGUCGGGAACCAACCCAAAUAUGAUACCAUCGUCAUUGACGGACCUGCUGGACAGGCAGUCCGAUUAAUUGCGCUGCCUAAGUUCAGUGAAACGGGCGAGGUCGUUCUGCUAGAUAUGGACACACUCGAAACAGAAGUUGUGAAAUUCGAGGCUAUCAACGAGAAAUAAAAGACCAGUCUAAUGGAACCUUGAAGAACUGAAGCCUUUACGCCUGCUCUUAUGGACAACAGAAAGCGUUGGCAGAGAGUUAUUGAGCCGUCCAAGGCCUCCAAGCUAGUCUUGGCAUUUAAAGGCAUUGGCCAGCAUCAGCGCCGGUCUUUAACGACUGGCUCAGCUACAGACGACUUCGGAGUCGAAACUUUUCAGAUGCACCCGUCUGACGGAUAGCGCUUCGUAGAUAUGUUUUUUCAGAUACUUGAAUUGAAAGUCUGGAAGCACUUUCAACGACAGGCAUACGAAGAUGUACU